AUGCAUUCAUUAAAAAAUCCCUAUGUUUUUGUGCAAAGUAGUAGAAACCUUAUUGGCAUAUUUUCCAGAUUAUGUUCAUCAAAUGCUGGAAUUCCCCAAUACGAAACUUUAGCGGUAUCUGUACCGAAAAAAUAUGUUUAUCACGUUGAACUGAACCGGCCCAACAAACUUAAUACAUUUACGCCGAAUAUGUGGAAAGAGUUUUCUUCAUGCUUCUCAGCUCUAAGCGACAAUCCAGAGUGCAGAGUUGUUGUACUAUCAGGUCAAGGAAAACAUUUCACUGGAGGUAUUGAUCUCAAUGCAUUUGUGGAAAGUGCAAGCAAAGCCCAUGAGCUAAGUGAUGUAGCAAGAAAAGCGCGAUUCUUAUUUAAAAUGAUAAAACAAUACCAGGAUGGUAUCACGGCUUUAGAGGAGUGUGUAAAGCCAGUGCUUGCUGUAGUUCACAAUGCCUGCGUGGGAGCAGGAGUUGAUUUAAUAACAGCUGCCGAUGUUAGGUACUGCACAGAGGAGGCAUGGUUCCAAGUGAAAGAAGUUGAUGUUGGCUUAGCCGCUGAUGUUGGCACUCUACAGAGGUUACCCAAGGUGAUAGGCAGUGCAUCCAUUGCUCGUGAGUUAUGUUUCACGGCAAGAAAACUGCAAUCAAAAGAGGCAUUGGAAAUUGGACUUGUUAGUAAAGUGUUUACAGAUAAGGAGAGUGCAAUCCAGCAAGUGCUGGAAGUGGCUGAAACCAUCGCCUCCAAGAGUCCAGUGGCAGUGCAAGUCACCAAACAAUCGCUAGUGUAUUCACAAAGCCGGCCUACGUCCGAAGGAUUGGAACAUAUACGGUUAAUGAAUCAGACAAUGCUUCAAAGUGAUGAUCUUACAAAAGCUGCUAUCGCCCAAGCAACUAAAACAAAGACUGAAUUCGACGAAUUAUAA